GGAGGCAAAGUUGCCUGGCGGCUGCGGAGCCGCUCGGGUGAGUCCAGCUCCGCGUCGCGCUCCCUACGGCAGCGUACCGCGGGGCAUCGCACCCUACCGCACCGCACCGCACCGCACCGCACCCUACGGCAUCGUACCCUACGGCACCGCAGCGCUCCCUACGGCAGCGUACCGCGGGGCAUCGCACCCUACGGCACCGCAGCGCCCGCACCCGGCGGGGCCAUGAUGGCGUGCGCCGAGCUGCUGGCCGUGUGCCUGCUCUCCGCCGACCGCGGCCCCGCGCCCCGCCGCCAGCCGCUCCCCAUCUUCCACGACAUUUUCCGACGAGCUGACAAGAACGAUGAUGGGAAGCUGUCAUUUGAGGAGUUCAAGAACUAUUUUGCUGAUGGGAUCCUGAGCUCGGAGGAGCUGUGGGAGUUAUUCAGUGGCAUUGACAGGCGUCAUUCAGAUAACGUGGACACAGAGAAAUUGUGUGAUUAUUUCUCAGCAUAUCUUGGAGAAUACAGGAACGUGCUUUCUGCCCUGGAAGCCCUCAACUCUGCAGUCCUGACAGCCAUGGACAAAACCAAACUGAGGUACGAGACCUCCUCAAAGAUGGAGCAGUUCCUGACCCGUUUUCUGCUGCGGGAAACCAUGCACCAGCUGCAGUCCCUGCAGGCCUCGCUCGAGUGUGCUGUGGACACUGUGGAGGAGCAGGCGGGACGGGAGAGAAAGGACAUAAAGAAAUCUGAGACUUUGGUUGGCCUGAGGUCAGGGAGACGAUGUGGGCGCAGAGGACAGAAGAACGUCUGUCUGUCCCCAACGGACCCCUAUUCUGGGAUGCUAACGACAGGCGUUUGUGUCGAAGACAACAGCCAGUGGAUGGCGCAGAUCAAUAGGCUCCAGCAGCUCAUCGAGAAACUAGAGUGCAAGAGCCCGUGCCUGGAGCCGCUGAAGGAGGAAGCGAUGUGCAAAGGAAGAGACGCACAUAUCCUGGUGGCGAAGAGGCAGAUCUCGGUGGCAACGAGCAGCAUUGAGGAGUUUCGCCAGGCGUUCAGGUCCUACACGGAGGUCACCGCCGGGCAGAGCAGCUGCCUGCACGUGUCUGCCUGCAAGCUGACAGAUGAGGCCUGCUUCAUCCUUUACGAGUUCUGGCAGGACGUGACUUCGUGGAGAAGCCACUUGCAGUCCAGCUGCAGCAAGACUUUCCAGCGGGCCAUCAUCAGCUUGCUGGAGUCCCCGGAGCUGCUGACCACCAUGCUCUUCCCAGCAUCCUGGUGGAUCAUGAACAACAACUGACCCCGGAUGCCGUCAGCACGCGGAAGGAUGUGGAGCCCUCGGCACAGCCGUCGCCUUCCCUCGCGUUCGUCACCUUGUCCCUUGUUCCCUCCUGCGGUUGCGUGGGGGCUGCCUGCCCAUUGUCCCUGGCAGUGUUUUACCCUUUUGCUCUUUUCAUGUUAAUUUAUUUAUUUAUCCCCCCGCAGGACAAGUCUUUGUGCUGCCCAGGGGAGCGGGACAUUCCCCGCGGUGCUCGUGGGAGCUGGGGGGGGGUGGCAGCCCAGCCCUUGGGGGAGCACUGCUCUGCUUCCUGCGUCCCUCAGCCCCUCUUGCGCCCCAGCUCCUCUUCCUCCCUGUGCUCCUCUUCCUCCGGGCUCUGACGACAGGCUGAGGUUCCACAGGGGGCUGAGACGAGUGGGGGGACAUGGCUCUGGCCAACUGUGGCAUCGCUACACCCGGCCCACCAGAGCCACCCUGGGCCAGCAGUGACUCUGCCCAGGGAGCUGGGUUGUGAAUAGUGUUUUAUGGGGGGUGGGGGGAGUACUUCUAGCAAGGUGUGCCAGAUCCGUCCCUGGCCACACCACAGCCUGCGCAGCCAUUGCAGUGGCUUUGACACUUGACUCUGCCCUCCCCCCCCAGCUGUGCCCAUGGCUGUGUACACCCCCCAAUAAACCACUGCACACCUCCUGGGGAAGGCGAGCGUGGCUCGUGGCUCCAUUGCUUCAUCCUGCGGCUUAGGUAACAUAUCCCAGAGUCAGCACCAGCAUCAGUGCUGCCAGAAAAAGCUUAUAGCUGAAUUAACGGUGGCGGGGGGGGCAUGAGGUGAGUGGCCCCCCCCCUUGGCUGCAGCGGAUGAAGCCCACCCGGUCCGUGGGUCACUCCCUCAGGGUUGCUUUGUUGGUGUGGCAGAAGCAGAUCUGCUGCUGAGCUGCUGUAAAACGCUGUGGCGAGCAGCCUGGAGCCAGCAGUACCGAGGGUGAGCGGGGCUGGGGAGGGAAAAUGCCACCCUGCGCCCUACCUGUCCCUGACACCCGGUGGGGUUCACCUGGUUCACCCACACCUUCUGCCUGCACACACAACUCUUGCUUGCCAGGGUACCUGGCCCCACUCCCCUCCACUCUGUGCCCCAGCAGCAUCCCCAGAAACAUUAAUUAAUGUCACUGUUUCUGCCCCACUCUACAGGUGCAGUGGGUACAGCUCCAUCCUGGGGCUGUGGGCAUGUCCACUAUGGUGUAACACCCCCCCCCCCCCCCCCCCCCAGUACCGUGGGGCCACAACGGGGUGGGAAGGCUGGGUGUUGCCCCAGCAGGAACUUCCCAGGGGGUCCCCAGGUUUGGGCUGCAAGGAGAGUGACCUGGUUCAUGGGGGAGCAAUCUGCAGAGGUUGGAUCAGGAAACCUCUUCCUCAGAGGAGGGGGGAUAGCAGCCACUGCCACCAGCUUGGAGGGGGGGGGGGGGGGGGGGGGGUGUGUAACAGCCAAACCCCAGCCCAUGCUCAGGCAAACAGCAAAUGCCCCCCGAACCCCCCCCCCCCCCCCCGACAGAGCCCAGAGCCUGACCCAUUCCAAUGGGGACCCAUCUUCCCAGUGCCCAAUUAUUUACCUAAUUACCGAUAACUGCUAACUUCCCUGGCCAAAGCCACAAUCUGCCGUGAUCACGGGGCGGCAGAGGUGGCUCCAGCGCACUGCUGGGGCAGCUGCUCCCCCCCACGGGAACCAGACACGAGGGGACCAGGAAAGGGCCGGGGCCAGAGCUGUGCCGUGGGCAAGGGACGAGCUGUGCCGGGCACGGCCGGCGUGGGUGGGAGAUGGGCACCAGGGCAGCCACACCUGGCAGAGCUGCACUGGGCACGGGCUUUCAGCUUUGGGCUUCCUGAGCUGCCGGCUCGGCUGGCUGCAGGGGACACCAGCAGCGUCCCCAGACUAGUGUGGGGUUUGGGCCCCAAUUUCUUAACCCCUGGGGGGGUGUUUGCAGCAGCCUGGAGACCAAAAUGGUCAGAUUAGGCAAAGGUGGGUGCAGUGGGCAUCCUCGAGUGGCUAGGACGAUGCAGGGCUGGUGCUGCAAGCUGUCUGCAACGGCACCUGGCAGGCUGUUCUGUGCGCAAAUUAAAAAAUAAGAACAUUUAAAAAGUUCAGAAAUGAACACAUUUAACCAUGAACCCAAAGAAAUCCAAAAUUACUGGGUAUAGGGCAGAACGCCAGCUCUGCCAGCACUGCUACCCCCAGGACCUGCAGCACCAUCACCACGCAGGGCAGGCAGGGUCCAUCCCUGCAGCUCCCCCCGCCCCAGCAUUCCCGCAGAAACGCCGACCGGAGCAGCACAGCAACCCUCUGCUCCUUCUGAGAGGCAGGGGUGGCUGUAUGAUGAAUAUAGUCUUUUUAUUGACUACUUUUGAGUAGAACAAACUAAAUACAUCUGUAACAGUUCGGGUUCCUUUAUACAGGACAUUAAAUAAGUUAUGCACAGGAAUGAAGUAACAAAUUUCUAUUACAGAAUUAAAUGUCAAAAAAAAUAGAAACCUCAACCCAAUGUCAUCCCAUGUCUGAAUUUCACAUUUAUCAUUCCAUGUUAAAAAAGAAAAAGAAGCAAUCGUUCUA